AAAAUAUGAAUCAGGUGGAGCAACGAAACAUUAUCAGUCAAACAGAAAUCUGGGUACAGGAACAGCGAAACACAUUUCAGUUCGUUACGACGAAAGCCUUUGCCAUCGCAAAAGAGAAAAUCAAAGAGAAAAGGUUUGUUGUUAUAAGGGGAGACUCUGGGUCGGGGAAGACACGUUUAGCCACUGAACUUUUAGAUUGGCUUCAUUCUCCAGCGGAAAAACUAACGUUUAACUGCAAGAAACCCUUACGCCUCCCAAGCCUUCAGCGCUGGGACAAGGUCAUUUCAGCUAAUGCAAAUCUUUCCAUUUUAUUGGAUGACCUGUUAGGUUAUAGUUCUGAAGUAUCACAAGAUUUGACAUGGUGGAAACAGCAUGGCGAAAUGCUCAACUCAAUCGUAGUAGGGAAGAAUUCAGCAAACCAUUUGAUAAUUACAUUAAGAAAUGACAUAUAUAACGAGUACAAAUCUAAGUUCGAUUGUCUCUCACUGUUUGAUGAUGGGCAUGUCAUUGAUCUCAGCUCGCCUGAAUAUAUCUUACACGAGGAAAGGGAAACCCUUCUCACGACAUAUACACAGACGAUAGAUAAUUUCAAACCAUUUUCAGAAAUUGAGAUCAAUCAAAUCACUGCCAUUUCUCCACCGAUCGGAUUUCCUGAAUGUUGCCGUAUAUUCAGAAAAACACCAGAUUUGCAUCCAGAAAGAGUGGAGUAUUUUAGAAAGCCAUUGCAAAAUAUUAGAUCAGUUAUCACGGAAAAGUUUAACCGAGCUAAAGCAAACAGCGCUGAUAUACAUUUUGUUAUCUCGAGAACCUGUCUCAACAAAUUUGCUGGAUUUUGAAAGUGAAUGUUUCGACAAAGAAGGGAUAACACAUGCGUUCAGUAUUUCUUCUCAUGUCUUUCCUGAAUCAAAGCAUAUAACCGCAGAUAUUGCAACACAACUACAGUGUCUACAGGAAGGCCUUGAUGUUUUAUGUGAUUCAUUUGUGCGGAAAGAGAAAGGUAUCUAUAAAUUCUUCCAUGACUCGAUACAAGACGUUAUUGCUAUCCUUUAUGGGAAGAAAACACCAAGAGGUUUCCUGAAUAACUGCCCAAGUAGUUGUUUGCGCUAUGUAGCAACAGGUGAAUGUAGAGAUAUACUACAUAAGGUAGUGAUAGAGGAUGGAAAAUUAUAAAAUCGCUUACCAACGUAUAGUGCGAGAACUUGAUUCAAAGCAGCACUCAAGUUACAUUGCGGUAUCUUCGAUGUCACCAUGGAAUAACAAAGAAUUUCUCAUUGGAUUUUUCUAUUGGCUCAAAUCAGAGAAGUAUUCCGCAGAAGACUAUUUUAUUAGGUUGGAAACAGGAGAACCAUUAAUGUAUUCGGAUAACAGAUUGAUUCCUUUCAUGGAUAUGGCAAAAAAGAGAGGAGACACUCCAAGUUGCUUUCUGAUCUACGCUGCUAAAAUGAAUUCGAUUAACCUGCUUCGCCAUAUC